GAAGCAGUUUCUGUUCUUUAUUGCAGGCAUUCGCGCUAUUAUAAGCAAAAAAUAGCUCAAAUAUGUAUAUUUAUCACAAGCAAUAAAAGUUUGCUUUUUGAAACUUUGUAUGACUCAUCUUUCCUUUUUUCUCUCGCCGUAACAAAUCUUUAUUUUAAAUAUAGAAAAUAUAAUUGAGAGACAUGUAGACUUUAUGAUACUAUACUUCAGAAUUAAAUUUUCUGUAUUUUCCGCCUUUUCUCCUUGCUUUUCAAUACUCGAUCGCACAUAUUUCUACGACCUAAGUGCAGAAAGUGUAACCAUAAUAGUACAUCGUUGAGGUUAGCAUAACCUCAAUCUCACUAUAACCUAAAAGUUACGUGAUGAAAAGAACAGACCACAAUAGAGGUCCUCCAUGAUCUCCUUGAUCAUUUACCGGCCGUUUCCUGUCACAUUAAAAGACACUCGUGAAUAGUGUGCAUACGUGUGCACAUACGUUUGUUUUUCGUUUCUCUUACAGGGAUGUUGUACAUAUGAGUGAGAUCUUCGAUUAUUGACUUUCGACAUUGAUAAGUAACAUAUAAAUAGCAAUGUGAUUCGAAUGGCUAAUAAAUAAAUCGUGAGAGAAUCAUGGCUCCUAAUCAACGUCAACGACAGCUCGUUUUGUCGAAGAAAGAAUUGAAAAAGAUCAAUAGAAGAAGAUUCUCAAAACCAGACGAGUCUUCCGAUGUCGGACUUGUUUAUCCUAGCUAUGACAUAGCUUUUAAACUUGUUUUAUCAGCAAGAUUUUGCUCUGCUGUAUGGUGUCACAUAACAGACUGUGAUGAAACAUAUAAUUACUGGGAACCAAGUCAUUACUUGCUCUAUGGAACAGGCCAGCAAACGUGGGAGUAUAGUCCUGAAUAUGCCUUACGCUCAUAUAUGUACUUAUUAAUUCACAUGGUACCAGCAAAAGUUUUUCAUUAUUUAUUGGAUCCAAAUCCUGCACUAGUUUUCUACUUUACACGAUGCUUUCUGUGUAUAGGUUGUACAUUGUCUGAAAUAUACUUUUACAAGAAUGUUUGUCGUGAAUUUGGAAUCCACAUAGCAAGACUCACAUUGGCAUUUCUCAUUUUUAGCUCAGGAAUGUAUAUUUCAAGUGCUGCAUUUUUACCAUCAUCUUUUUCAAUGUAUCUAAGUACUGUUGCCACAGCAGCUUGGUACGCCCGCCAGUAUGAAUUAGCUGUCUUUGCCACUGCUAUCUCUUCGUUACUUGGAUGGCCAUUCGCUGCUUUACUUGGACUUCCUAUCGCCGUUGAAAUGUUAACACAUAAACGAUGCUGGGUCACAUUCAUAAAGUGGGUUGUAAUAUCUGUCGUUGUAAUUGGGAUACCAAUGGUGUGGGUGGAUUCCUUAUAUUUCGGUAAACUUGUUAUCGCACCAUUGAAUAUCAUAUUCUAUAAUGUCUUCACUAACCAUGGACCUAAUCUUUAUGGCACUGAACCGUUCAGUUAUUACAUUAUUAAUGGAUUCUUGAAUUUUAAUUUUGUCUUUAUUGGUGCAUUGCUUGCACCCUUGGGUUUAUUUUUAGUAUGGCUGAUUGUGCCGACACGUCCAAGAGAUCGUUCAUGUCUUUCUUAUUGGUAUUCUUUGGCUCCCUUAUACUUAUGGUUUCUUGUAUUCUUUCUUCAGCCGCACAAAGAGGAACGAUUCUUGUUUCCAGUGUAUCCUAUGAUUUGUUUGGCAGGCGCUAUAACAGUGGAUAUAGUACAGAAGUUGUACUUCUAUUUUAGGACAAAACUCAAUCCAUCGCAUAUCAGUUGCCACUAUUUACAAUAUACUGUACAUAUCACUUUUCUCGCGAUAUUAACAUGUGGUCUCUUGGGACUGUCAAGAUCAUUGGCGAUAUAUAAAGGAUAUUAUGCUCCUAUGGAAAUUAUGACUGAAGUUCAUAAACUGGGAACCGAAGGCGAAAUGCCCAGCGACGUUAAUAUAAACUUUUGUAUUGGAAAAGAGUGGCAUCGUUUUCCUAGCAGUUUUUUCUUUCCCUCUAAUAAUUGGAAGUUACAAUACUUAAAAUCUGAAUUUAAAGGGCAGUUACCUCAACCUUUCUUAGAUCAUGAAAACGCAACGAGUAUAAUCCAAGAACAUUUCAACGAUAUGAAUAAAGAAGAACCGUCACGCUAUUUUAAUUUAGAUAAAUGCCACUUUUUGUUAGAUCUGGAUGCAGGGACUGAAACAGUCUUAGAACCGAAUUAUUCUCGAUUAAGCCAUCAUUUCACUAUUGUGAAAUCUUCUAGAUUCUUAGAUGCAUCAAAAUCGCAUCCAUUCUUUAGAGCUUUUUACAUUCCAUUUAUAUCUCAUAAGUUUUGUACAGAUGGUUCGUAUAAUUUAUUACAAAGUAAUAAGUUUAAAUCUAUGCUUCUCUCAUUGAAGCAAAGGAAUUCUAAGCUUUCUUAAGCAAAGGAUAGAAUUUCGUAUUCAAUCAGAUAAUAAAAUUAAUUUUAGAAAAAUUAAAUUUAUUAUUUUAUUGUGUGCGCGUGCGUGCGUGCGUGCGUGCGUGCGUGUAAUUUGCUGUGUAUGUGUGUACACAUAUAUGCAUUUUUAAUAAUGCAUAUGUAUUCUGAUUUGUAUAGUAUAUAUUGUCCGUUAUUGUAAUAUAGAAAUGUAUAUAUUUCAAUAAAAUGUUAAUAUUGUAAUUUA